UCGGCGGCGGCCAACGACAACCGAGCGAAGGUGUCUCCCUCCCUCCAAUGGGAGGCGCCCGUGUUAGUAACGGCACCACCAAUGGUAGCGAGAGUCGGAGUCCCUGGUAACGGAGCCGGGACUGCGCCCGGCUGCCUCCAAAACAUGUGGAGCUGCGGGGGGCGCCGGCGGCGGCGUCUCUUCGCGGGCGCCUUCCUGGCGGUGUUGGCCAUCGUCGUGCUGAGCAGGUAUAUCCCCUGCCUGCCUGUUGUUUCGGUGGCCUGCAGGGAUGAGGAGGUUCAGAGGUUUAACUGGAGUGGCCUGGUCCCCAUGCGCUUGCGGGGCAGGAUCCAUGGCUUGCAGGCCAGGAAUUCUAAGUUCUUGCUGGAGGGCAAGGAGUUUCGUAUCUUUGGAGGCUCGAUGCACUAUUUCCGCAUCCCCCGUGAAUACUGGAAAGACCGCUUGGUUAAGAUGAAGGCCUGCGGCUUGAACACCCUCACGACGUAUGUAGCAUGGAAUCUUCACGAGGAAGUAAGAGGGAAAUUUGACUUCCACGGAAACCUGGAUCUGAGGGCUUUCCUUAGGACAGCCGAAGAAGUUGGGCUGUGGGUGAUUCUGCGUCCAGGACCUUAUAUUUGCUCCGAGUGGGACCUUGGUGGUCUGCCCAGCUGGUUGCUCCAAGACCCCGAAAUGCAACUGAGGACAACAUACAAAGGCUUCACAGAGGCUGUGGAUGAAUACUUUGAUCGCCUGAUGCGUGAGAUAGUCCAUCUUCAGUACAAGAAUGGAGGACCAAUCAUUGCCUUCCAAGUAGAGAAUGAAUAUGGCUCCUACGCUGUAGACCCAGAUUACAUGAAGUACGUCAAACAGGCCAUGUUAAAAAGGAAGAUUGUGGAGCUGUUGAUGACCUCUGACAAUAAAGAUGGGCUGGCCUCUGGCGCUGUGUCAGGAGCUCUGGCCACUGUUAACUUUCAGAGGAUGGACCCGGGUAUCCUGUCGUACCUUGACACAAUGCAGGACAAAAUGCCCAAGAUGGUGAUGGAAUACUGGACUGGAUGGUUCGAUAGCUGGGGAGGACCUCAUAAUGUGUUUGAUGCAGAUGAAAUGAUGGCAAACAUUGAGAAAACCAUUAAAGUGGGGGCAUCCAUCAACCUCUACAUGUUCCACGGAGGCACUAACUUUGGCUUCAUGAAUGGUGCUCUGCAUUUUAACGAGUACAAGGCAACCAUCACCAGCUAUGACUAUGAUGCCGUGCUGACCGAGUCUGGAGACUACACCUCCAAGUUUUUCAAACUGCGUGAGCUUUUCACGGGCCUUGCAGAUAUGCCUCGUCCUCUACCUCCUAUAAUCAUAAGCAAGGCAUCGUAUGGGGCGAUCCUGAUGCAGCAGUAUAUCACCCUGUGGGAGGUGCUGCUGUCUCUGGGAGAGCCCUUGAAAUCCGAACAUCCCAUUAACAUGGAGAACCUCCCGGUGAACAAUGGGAACGGGCAAGCUUUUGGAUAUAUCCUGUACGAGACUGUCAUACCUGGCGGAGGAGAGCUCCAUUCACAUGACCAUGUCCGGGACAGAGCACAGGUGUUUGUUAAUACUCUGCAUAUUGGCUACCUUGAUUACAUCAAACAGCAAUUGUCAGUUCCUGAUGGGAAGGGAUACAGGCUACUCCGGCUCCUUGUCGAGAAUUGUGGGCGAGUCAACUAUGGGCGCAAUCUGAACAACCAGCGGAAAGGCUUAAUUGGUGAUAUCUAUCUCAACAAAACCGCUUUGAGGAACUUCAAGAUUUACAGCCUGGACAUGAAACCCAGCUUCAUAGAAAGCGUACGUGGGACCACUCCUUGGAGCGCCGUCCCUGACAGUGCAAUGGGCCCAGCAUUCUUCCGAGGGACCCUUGAGGUGCAACAUAUGCCUCAGGACACUUUCUUGAAGCUAGAGGGUUGGACCAAGGGUGUCGUCUUUGUCAAUGGGCAGAACCUCGGUCGCUACUGGAAAAUUGGUCCUCAAGGGACACUCUACCUCCCAGCCUCAUGGCUCCAGCAAGGGCACAAUGAGAUCAUUAUUUUUGAAGAGCGUGCUGCAGGGCGGAUCAUCCAGUCCACAGACUUCCCUUUCCUCGGACGGAGCCAUUAUGUGGGCUGAACCAGGACAGGGGGUGGGGGGCUUAUCCCUGACUGCUUCACCCCCCACCCCAACUGGUUCAUUUGAGGGUAUGCGUCUGAAAUGGAUUCGUGGGAGGGAGGCAGGGAGGGCUUGGAUGCAGGGAAGGCUCCACUUCCUCCAAAUCUUUGUGAAAGGUUUGUCCCCCGUCUCCAUCGAUGAAUUUCCAGGGCAUGGGUGGAGUCUGGUUGCCGAAUGCUCACACUGUCGAUGAAUUUAAGAGGCUGACUUCAAACACUGCAAGUAGGGAGGAAAUUGAACGUAUCUAGGAGUCCUUCCCUUGAGGAGUUCAGCUCUGCUGCUGGUUCUCUUGGCCUGGAUGGAACAAAAAAUGCGGAGAAUCUCUCUGCGGGAUCAGUGUGCAAAGCCUGUCAGGGAUCCACUGGAUUCAAGAAGCUGAUCCACAAACAAUUCGGCUUGAGUUGGACAUCUUUUUGUUCUCUUUGACACCUGCAAGUAGCCGACCUCUCCGCUCGUCUGCUGGGAUUUUCAGACAAUUGAAGACCUCCUUACUGUGAAGAAAAGGGAAUCUUUUUAUUACUAUUCCAUUUUUAGUCUCCCAGCGUGGUCGUUUGGCUGGGUAGGACGGCACUUUUCACAAUUUUUGCAUUAGUCUAAGAGUUCAAGCCAAGGCAUCUUUUAAUGUUAACCGGAAAGGUACCAGACUAGUUGCUUUCAGUUUGGCCCUUUAAAUGCCAGCCAUGGGUGGGGAGUCCCGUGAAAGCCAUAUUGAAGUGGUUGAAGGUCCCACAUUUGCAGCAUGCUGUGGGCUUGCACACUUUCAGUUGCAGUUUGAACAAGGGUGCCAAGAACUCUUGCUGCUGGGGGCAUGGAGCACCUAACACUUGCUGUAACUCCAGGGGCCCCUACCGAGCUGGAGAUCCCUGCCAUUGCACUGACAACCUCUACAGCCCUGCGACAAAUUCCUGCAGCCACCGACAAGCAUGGGUGUGUGGGGCUUUUCCCCACACCCCCAGUUGCUGGCAUCCCUUAGAAACACAGCACCGAGUCAUUGCCAUGGGGUACCCCCCGCGCAAUGGUGAAUGUAAUGCAAUUGGCAGAUCUUGCAGAGCCCAAAAAGGAGACUGAGGAAAAGAAGAGGGGGAUGUUUUAUUGCACCCAGUAAAAUCAAAGUCCGCACAUGCAGUCUUGGGAACUAGUGCAGCGAUCCUGUAGUUUUAGCAUUCUGCGGGUGGGAUUUAUAUCAACUGUUGCUCUCUCCUUAGGCAGCUGUGGGAAGAGCCCAUCUAGACUGUACCACCUCAGAAUUCAGGGGUCUGUGUGUGCUUGCCAUAUUUUUUUGAACAAUCUCCCUGCAUGUGGUAAACUUGGGCAGCUGGGAAUAGCUAGCUUAGCCAUUCUCUUCUUUACCAAAUUGCAGACAUUUGCCACGCAGAGAAGCCUUCUGAAAUAUCAACCACCACCACCCUAGACACAGGAUGGAGUGGUGCAGCCCAGAAUUAUACUACCUUGGAUGGUUGGGGAGAAUUUGUGGUCCACCAGACAUGGCUGGACAACAGCUCCCACCAUCCCUUGCCACUGGGGCCGGUUGGGAGCUCAACACCGUGCAGAAGGCCACAGCUUCCCCAUCCCUGUCGCAGUGCCGAAGCUGUAGACAGGACUGCUUUCUGCAAAGUCCUCAGGGUUGUCUCCUGCACCAUGGGAGUGAGAGCCUGUGUUUCUUUGCAACCAGAAUACCUCUCUGGCUCCUGUUGGCACCAGUGUGGGGCUCUAGCAGCACUGGACAUCUGGAGAGUCAACUUGAAAGAGCGGAUGCUUCAUCUUUGCAGCACAGUGUCCGUUCCCCACCCCCUGUUUCCAAAUGUUUAGCUUGAGAAGGCAAUGCAAGGGAGAGGCAGGCUGCAUUUGCAGCCGGAACACCAGGCAUUUUUGCAUUUUGUAGCUGGAACACUGGCCUUAAAACAAAAAUUUAAAGGGAAGACUCUGAAAAGGUGUAAAUGCUUCAUCCGCACUCUUUUUUGGAGGCCUGCUUCUCUCCCCACCCUUUUCAAAAACCGCCCAAAAGCUUCUCAGUCUCAUCUUUCAUGGUACAUAGCUAAACACUGCAGCAGCCGCAACCAGGAACCCAUAUUAGUGACCGUUUGGAGAGUAUUCCCUUCUGCUCGGAUGACAUCUCCAAUAACUCUUCUCGGUAGCCUGCGACAGCCUGCAUUUUCCAAGCUGCUUCUCCCCUGCUCCAAAUUGGGGAAAAAGGAGGGAAUUUGGCACCCAACCUCCCAGCUGCUGCUUAAGAAAAAAAUGGGAUUUGGCACCUGAUCUCCCAGCUGCUGGUUGGGUCAGGCCUUUUCAGGAAGCCAUUUAACCACAGCCCCCCGGCUCCGCUUCCCUUCAUAAGCAUUGCCUCCCCAGCGACCGCAGGCGUGAGAGAUUUCAAGGGGCUUCCGGCUGUUAAAAACCAUAUUUAAUUUUAUUUAAGAAAUUAAAUACAGUUGGAUUAAAAUUUGAACAGACAGUGCACCUGUAAAAAAAGAAAAUAAAAAGAAGAACAAAACCAAACCCAGCAUCCUCCAUCUAGACCUCUUGCUGCUCACUCAAAGUACCAGCCACCAUCCCAGCCCUCAGAGCCAACGUGCCCCUGUUUGCAUCUGUGUCCAAGGCCUGAGCCCUCCCACUGUCAACAAAGAGCAACUUCGCAAGAAACAAGCUAAAAGGAUGGGAGUUCCUUGGGAUGCAUCCUGUUGAUUCCUUUAUUUAUUUUCUCCAUGAUUUGCUGCAGCCUGGCAGGGUUAUUGUUUUGCCGCAAAUAAAACAAGACACAUGCAAAUAGGAGAGGACAGCCAUUGGAAACAACUCCUGCGUUGUAAAAUCUAAAAUCUGCUGGGGUUUUUUUAAAAAAAUUUUUAAUUAAGCAAAAUGCCUCUCGAUUCCUCCUCACCCACCCUCGCCCUUCUUUUGUAAGCUAGAUCUGGGCUGUGUUUUAAUUUUAUGAAGGCUAGGGGCUCCUCAUCACAGAGGGGAAGCCUACAUGAGCAGUUCUGCUGGACGUUCAGAUUUCGCAACUGUUGAGUUCAGGAUUUUAGUAAAA